UAAUCAUGUUUGAUAAUAAUUAAAACAAGGUCCCGGAGAUCACUCUACAGCUGUUCAUCACGUGGGUAUGAAGUCGAAGUCAAAGUCAGCGGCUUGAUCUUUCUUCUUAACUUUGAUCUCUUUCUCCCAUUGGAACAACAAGAAAUAGAAAUGGAGUCUCUCUUCUCCGCCGUGAUCGUCCUCCUCUUGGUUUCCUUUUCAUGCUUCACUUCUUCAGAAGCUCUCACAAGCAACAAGGGAAACAUCACAAUCAAAUGGGAUCUCAUGAGCUGGACACCUGAUGGCUACGUUGCUGUGGUAACAGCUUACAACUAUCAGAAACAACGUUCCAUUGGUUCACCUGGAUGGAAAAUGAGCUGGAGAUGGACCAGAAAAGAGGUGAUCUGGAGCAUGGUCGGUGCCCAAACCACAAAGGAAGGAGAUUGUUCCAUGUUCAAUGAAAACAUCCCUCAUUCCUGCACUAGUAAACCAACAGUCGUAGACUUGCCUCUUAAGACUCCUUACAAUCAGCAGAUCGCUAACUGCUGCAAAGGCGGUGUCUUGAAACCCGGUUUAGAAAGUGCAUUCCAGAUAUCCGUUGGUAAUGCUGGUGACUCGGUUAAGACUGUUCGGAUGCCGGUUAAUUUCGUGUUCACAGCACCUAAACAACAGUAUAUUUGUAGACCGACUAAGAACGUUAGACCGACCAGGUUUAUAUCCGCUGACAAAAGGAGAAUGACCACAGCUCUGAUGACCUGGAACAUUACUUGCGUCUUCCACAAGGCAACAUAAACACAUCAAAUCUCUAAAAGAACAAUCUCAUAAGGAAAUCUACUUCCAGUAUUUAUUUUGUUUUGUAUUUUCAUGUAAGGUUUAUGUUCUUAAUAAAAUUGGAAAAACACUUGUUUGA